AUGUCGAUGACAGGCGAUUCCGUGUGGUUUCGUCGGAUUCCUGGUCUGCCGGAUCGCCUACUAUUUAUUGAAGACGACAACGAUAUUAAUGAUGAUAACGCUAACUCGGAAUUGUUUCACGUUCAUUUGUUUUUAGGUUUAGAAGUUUCUGACCAGUCCGAACGUAGACUCCUUGAUGAACUGGACGAGUCAAUUUGUGUCCGUCUAGGCUUCAUUGAUGAAAUCCCAGAUUAUGAAGAUGAGCAGGCUGAUGAUCAGCCAACCAAAAUGGAAGACAUUGGUACAGUCGCA